UCUGCUCGCUUUGCUUUCGCGCAAAGCUGCCGAGACGCGCGCACACUCGAUCCACUGCUGAAGCUAUAAAAGGCAGCGCUGAGCCAAACAAACACUCGCAAACGGAACCCAUCCUCCUCUCUCCCCGUUUUUCUCUGAGGAUCGCUGUUGCUCUGAGGCCCAGGUGAGAAGAGAGAGAGAGGGGAGAGACCGGUCGAGAUGAGGAGCGGGAGAGCAGGAGCAGGAGCGGGAGCGGGGCGGAGGCGAGGCGAGGCCGUGUCGGCGUGGUGGUGUGUGGCCGUGGUCCUCGGCCAUUUAGUGAGCUGCGCCAGGGCGGGGCUGCUGGAGACCAACCCGGGCCUGGCCUACAACUUCUACCAGAAGAGCUGCCCCAACGUGGACGCCAUCGUCCGCAGCGUCACCUGGGCUCAGGUCGCCGCCAACCCCGCCCUCCCCGCCCGCCUCCUCCGCCUCCACUUCCACGACUGCUUCGUCAAGGGUUGCGACGCGUCGAUCCUGCUGGACAACGCGCAGAGCGAGAAGACGGCGGCGCCCAACCUGUCCGUGGGCGGCUACGAGGUGAUCGACGCCAUCAAGGCGCAGCUGGAGCAGUCCUGCCCGGGCGUGGUCUCCUGCGCCGACAUCGUCGCGCUGGCGGCGCGCGACGCCGUGUCGUACCAGUUCAAGGCGUCGCUGUGGCAGGUGGAGACGGGGCGCCGGGACGGCACCGUGUCGCUGGCGUCCAACACGGGGGCGCUGCCGUCGCCGUUCGCGAGCUUCAACGGCCUGCUGCAGAGCUUCGCCAACCGGGGGCUCAACCUCACCGACCUCGUCGCGCUGUCCGGCGCGCACACCAUCGGCGUGGCCAGCUGCUCCAGCGUCACGCCCAGGCUGUACCAGGGGAACUCCACCAACGUGGACCCGCUGCUGGACUCGGCGUACGCCAAGACGCUCAUGUCGUCGUGCCCCAACCCCAGCUCGUCGCCGUCGUCAUCGGGCACUGUCAACCUGGACAGCACCACGCCGGUCAAGUUCGACAGCGGCUACUACACCAGCCUGCAGAAGAAGCAGGGGACGCUGGCCUCCGACGCCGCCCUGACACAGAACGCCGCGGCGGCGCAGAUGGUGGCCGACCUCACCAACCCCAUCAAGUUCUACGCCGCCUUCUCCAUGUCCAUGAAGAAGAUGGGCCGCGUCGAGGUGCUCACCGGAACCAACGGACAGAUCAGGAAGCAGUGCCGCCAAGUCAACAGCUCCUGAUCGCCUCGCCGGCGACAGAUUAUUCUUUUCUCCAUUCCUUUUAAUCUCUUGCCUAUCUUUUUGCUCUCCUUCUCUUCUCGUUUCAUCGGCGCGGAUCAAUAUAUUUGCGCGCCGUGAUUCAGGUCCCCUCGCCAAAAGAUCCAUUGGUUUGUUAAGUGUUCGAUUUGAUCGCGCAAAGCUGUAAGAACUAAGGUUGCUCUUGGCAUUGCCGCUCUUAUCUAAGAAUGCGGUUCGUCAAUUC